AUGGACGAGAAUGACAUAGACACACUCGAUGUGCCGUUGAGGCCCAAGAUUAAACCAGUUUUCAAGAGGAAACCAACGGAUACAAACAUAUCGUCGUCGUCAUCGCGAAGAGUUGGAGCAGUACAGAUUGAGGAGGAAAAAACUAUGGACGAGAAGACAAGAGAGGAGAGUAAUACUUUAAUAGUACCCGGGGUAUCCCAUGUGAUGAACCUUGGGUCCAAAGGUAAACAGAGCUUGAUAAAUCACAGUGUAUCGUCACAACGAAAUAGAGCUACAGGAACUGAUCACGACGAUUCAAGUGUGGAUGAGGCAAAGGAACAGCAUACUGGAUAUGUGAAUCCCACUAUAUCUCGUGUGAUAAAGAGCCAUCCUAGAUUUAAAAAGAAGCCAGUAAACUCCGGUGCUUCUCAACGCACUAGAAUUGCUACUUUUGACAAUGGAGAUGAAGGUGGUGACGAGCUAAGCACAAUUGACCCACUACGAGAGCCGAAAGUUGAUCCUAUAUAUGAAAAGAAGCCAAUGAGUGCAGUUCGUGCUUCAUUUUUAUCGAGAGAGGCAGGAGCAAUCCCUAUUGACAAUGGAAUUGAGAACAAUGAAGACGAAGGGGAGGAGGAGGAGGUUGAGAUUAGGAUCAAGCCUUCAUUGACGUCCCAAACACGAGCUCCAAAUGAACCUUCCAAACGACGCUUAAACUUGUCCAAAUAUAAAGCUGCAAUCAAUGAAACUGACGAACAGGGGGGCAAUGGGUUGGAGAAGGAGCUGGCAAAAAAGAUGACGAAGGAGCAGUUCAAGGGGUUGCUGAGCACACCCCAACUCACAUCUGACAUUGAGGACCCUGAAGACAAUCCCAUUGUUGUUGAUAUUGGAAAAUUCAAUGUCAGUUUCUCCCCUGGAAAAGAAACUUCAUCACCACCAGAUAUCAAGAAUCUCUCUCCGAAACCUGGUGCUAAGGAACCACCACGAUCGCCAACACCGUUACUUGAUUUUGAUAGUGAAAAUUCCGAGAACAACCCUGUUAUUGCCAACAUUGAUGAAUUGGAUUUCAAGUUCUCCCCACAAAAAGAACCCUCCAUACCACCAAAUAUCGAGAUCCCAUUACGUAGAUCGAAACGUUAUGAACCACCAACUAGCAGUACACUACCUUAUAGUCCUAAACCCUCACUGCCUCGAUCAUAUGUCCCCAUUCAUUCCAAUGCUGAACCACAAACUAUUUCUAAACGACAGUAUCUCAAUCAAAUUGCAUCGGAGUAUAAUGACGAUAAGAACUAUGACGAUGGUGCGCCAUCUUCUACAAACAAGGAGCUACAGCAGCCCGAUUUCGAUCCUGAUUCAAGGUAUGAUUAUGAGUUGAGUGAUGAAGACAUGGGUGUGCUUAAAGCUAAACGUAAUAUUGAUUUUGAACACAAGUAUAAUGAUGAGAUUGUGAGUGAUUAUGGAUCAAGUGAUGAUGACGGGUUUGGUCGUGGCUAUGGUAGGUCUAGUGGCUUCAAUGGGUAUGGAAAUGAUGGAUAUAUGGAUUAUGCAUCUGGGUAUGGAUACAUUAAUCAAAAAUCCAAACCAAAACAGCAGUCCCAUGUCAAAGUGUUUACCAUUCAAGAGCAAAUUACCCGAAUUGAAGAACGGUUGAAAUUGGAGUGUGCUAAACAAAAACAAAAGGAGGCGGUAAGGGCUAAUUUGUUGAAACGUAAAGAAGAAAUCCAACAACAAAGAGAUGCAUUGAUUCAAAAAUUACAGGAUUGGAAACUAUAG